UAACUCCUCGAGCUAAAAAAAAAACGCAAGAAAACAGGGCAAGACCACAAAUCCAAACCCCCGCAUCGUCCUCGUCGCCGCCACAGAGCCCCUCGUCUCGGCCGCCCUUCGCCGCCUCCGCGGAGCAGGCAUCGCAGGAGACCAAAGAUCCGGCCAGCUCUGAUGUCAGGAGCUAGUGGCUCAACCGGGCGCGCGGCCCCGCGGUACGCCCCGGAUGACCUGACGUUGCUCAAGCCGUGGCGCGGCCUCGUCGACGGCACCACCGGCUACCUGUACUACUGGAACCCGGAGACGAACGUCACGCAGUACGAGCGGCCUAUGCCCCCUGAGAAUCAGCUGCCCCCGCCCCCGCCCCCGUUGCCUCCCCCGCCUCCCCGGAGCCGCGACCGGCGCGACAGGUCCAGAUCCCGAUCCCGCACCCCUCCCAGGCGCGACCGCCGCGACCGCGACCGUGACGACGAGCAUGCGUCCUCCAAGACGGCGUCUUCCCACCACCAUCCGGCUCCGAUAGCCGUCGCCGACUAUCCGUCCACCGAGGCAUACCGACGCCGCCAUGAGAUCACCGUCACGGGGGAUAACGUGCCGGCUCCAAUAACUUCAUUUGAGGCUGGUGGCUUCCCAUCAGAAAUUCUGAAGGAGUUGCAUGCGAGGGACCAAGGUCUUCAAGUAUGGCGAGGGAAAUGGAUCGUGCACAUGUGCUCCAGUUGCCUGCUUGUUUCUCUUUAUUUGCUUCAUUGUGCUAAAUCAGCGCUGGCUAUGUGUACCGACUGCUUAUCUCCAUCUGUGGCAGAUGCGAUAUCUGCUCCGAGGGGGAGCUAAUGUCGUAUGCUGCCUCGCGCGCCCUUGGCCAAUCUAUAAGUGAGAUGAGCUGAGGGCAGGUCUUGCUGAUGGAGCUGCCAAGGUGGGUGAACGCUCGAGGUUGCUCGCUUCCUCCCUGGGGGGCCGCCCAUGGAGCGGAGGAGGGCCACCCACUCGUGGCACCCACGGUGGCUGAUUUGUCGCUCUGCGUCCAAUUCUUGGAAAAGGCUCCUUGCAUGGAUGAUGGGCUUCUUCUGGGGCUUGACCCAUGGAGGUCUGGCCCAGGCUGUCAACGCCCAUCCAUAUAUAGGAUCGGGUGGCAGCUGCUGGAAGGGGCCUUGUGGAUCAACGGUCUAUGCCUGAGUGAGCCUCCAUGGACUCUGUUAGAGCUUUUUCUACUUCGCCUUGUGUGCGCAAGUCUACACAUUGCGGGAACAUUUUAUUUAUACAACGUGCUGGAUUUGCAAGCCCAACACCUAUCCAAGCGCAGUCAUGGCCAAUUGCUAUGCAAAAUCAAGAUGUAGUAGCUAUUGCGAAGACUGGAUCAGGCAAAACUCUUGGUUAUCUACUUCCUGGAUUUAUGCAUAUCAAGCGCCUGCAGAACAGCACUAGGAAUGGUCCAACAGUGCUAGUUUUGGCCCCAACAAGGGAACUUGCAACGCAGAUUCUGGAUGAAGCUAUGAAAUUUGGAAGAUCAUCUAGAAUUUCUUGCACGUGCCUAUACGGUGGUGCUCCUAAAGGUCCUCAGUUGAGAGAUUUAGAUAGAGGGGUUGAUGUUGUUGUUGCAACACCUGGAAGGUUAAAUGACAUUUUGGAGAUGCGAAGGGUAAGUCUUAAGCAAGUGUCAUAUCUUGUUCUGGAUGAGGCUGAUCGCAUGCUGGACAUGGGCUUUGAGCCACAAAUACGGAAGAUAGUGAAAGAGAUACCUCACCGUCGGCAAACCCUUAUGUACACCGCUACUUGGCCCAAGGAAGUCCGGAGGAUUGCAGAUGAUCUUCUUGUCCAUCCUUUACAGGUGACAAUUGGAAAUGUUGAUGAACUUGUUGCUAAUAGUGCUAUUACUCAGCAUAUAGAAGUCAUAACACCCUCAGAAAAACAACGGCGCCUGGAGCAGAUAUUACGAUCCCAGGUUUCAGGUUCAAAGAUAUUAAUAUUUUGUACCACCAAGAGGAUGUGUGACCAACUUGCAAGGACACUCACCAGGCAGUUUGGAGCUUCAGCCAUUCAUGGUGACAAGUCCCAAAGUGAAAGGGAGAAGGUCCUGAAUCAUUUUAGAUCUGGGCGCUCUCCUAUUUUAGUGGCAACUGAUGUUGCUGCGCGAGGUUUGGACAUCAAAGAUAUCAGGGUAGUGAUCAACUAUGACUUCCCCACUGGUGUUGAAGACUAUGUUCACAGGAUUGGCAGGACAGGAAGGGCUGGUGCCACUGGUGUUGCAUAUACAUUUUUCUGUGAUCAGGACUCAAAAUAUGCUGCUGACCUAAUCAAAAUUCUUGAAGGGGCAAACCAACAGGUGCCCCGUGAUUUAGAGGAUAUGGCUUCUCGUGGUGGUGGGCGAGGUAAGAAGAGGAACCGUUGGGCAUCCCGCUCUGAAAGGGGUGGUCCACGAUCUGAACUGGAUUCAAGGUACAGCGGCAGAGAUGGAUUAGCAUCUUCCGGGAGAUCAGAGAGUGGUCGUGGCAGUCAUGGAAGGGAUGAUUAUGGUAGCCGUGGCAGGUAUGACUCUGGUGAAACUGAUGGGCGAUCUCGUAGGUCUGCUAGAGGUCGCAGUAGAAGUCGUAGCCCAAGCCCCAAGAGGUCACACCAUCAUGAAGCUAGGCGUAGCCGAAGCAGGAGCAGGAGCCGAAGCUGUAGAAACUUUCGUGCUAGCCGCAGCAAGAGUCACAGCCCUGUUGCUAGCAGUAGGCAUGAAAAGGCUGCUGUUAUUUCAGGAUCUACUCAACCUAACUUGGGGUAUGCAGAGCACAAAAGCCCUCCAAGAUCUCACUCUGGGGAUGACCAUGUGAACCACCCUGAUCAAAAGGAUGACCACAUGGGAGAUGGGAAGAUGGAAAGGGUUGAUCUUGAUCGCUCGCCCAGCCCACAAUAUGAUAAGUCUGCUCCAUAUAGUCCUGCGUACAAUGGCAAAGCCAGUGACUCGAUGAGCCCUAAUGUUCAGCCAAAGGCAGAUGCCAAAUAUGUCAAACCUUCUGGGAAACCUGAGCCUGCAUCUCCAUUGCGCCACAGCAAAGGCAGAGAUGAUGAUGAAGGUAUCAUAGACGACGAUGGAGAGAUUGCUGAGGGUGAGAUGAUGAUGAAGGUAUCAUAGACGAGGAUGGAGAGAUUGCUGAGCGUGAUUUGCGUGCAAGUGCAGCUGUGUAGAGAAUGGUAAUAACUGACGGAGAAUGGCCUGCAUCUUCUGUGACAACAAGACUGUUAUGCAAACUGCAGUCGUUCCCAUCUGCAAGAGUCCAGAAUGUAGAAAUGCAUUUGUGCCAUUAAAUGUCUCGUAGGACCUAUGAUAAUACAUCUGCCAUAUAUGAACAAAAACUGUUGAUGUAUGUCCUGUUGUUUGUUAAACUUCAAUGACUUGUGUUCUGGUGUCUUACUGCUAGUUCUGUUAAGUGAUUUAUGAUAAAACAUAUUGUCAGGUCUGGAAGUGAUAAAUUUAUGAUACUUGUCAGGUCUGGAAGUAGUUUAUUA